AUGGAAGCUUAUGAUGCUCUUGACCCAACUGGAAACAUCACCAUAAAAUGGGAUAUCAUGGGCUGGAAUGCUGAUGGCUAUACUGCUACGGUAUAUAUCUUCAAUUUCCAACAAUACCGUCACAUUCAGUCCCCUGGGUGGCAAUUGGGAUGGAGUUGGAAGAAGAAGGAAGUGAUAUGGAACAUGGUUGGUGCGCAAGCCACAGAACAAGGAGACUGUUCAAAGUUCAAAGGCACCAUUCCUCAUUGCUGCAAGAAAACCCCCACCGUCGUUGACUUGUUACCGGGAACUCCUUACAACAAACAGGUAGCCAACUGUUGCAGAGGCGGUGUGAUUAGCUCGUGGGCGCAAGACCCCGCAACAGCUGUUUCUUCCUUUCAGAUUACUGUUGGCCAGUCCGGAACGACUAAUACGACGGUUCGAGCACCUAGGAACGUCACUUUGAAGGGUCCGGGACCCGGUUACACUUGCGGCCCUGCCAAAAUUGUUCCACCGAGCAAAUUCAUGACCGAUGAUAAACGGAGAAAGACUCAGGCUUUGUGUAAUCCGAAAAUAGCAUCGGUAAUACCGACCGGGAAGAACAACCUCGAGCCGCUCUUGCAAUGUACACAACAUAUGUGUCCCAUCAGAGUUCAUUGGCAUGUAAAAACUAACUACAAAGAGUACUGGCGAGUGAAGGUCACAAUCACAAACUUCAACUACAACAUGAACUACUCGCAGUGGAAUCUGGUCGCUCAGCAUCCCAACUUCGACAAUGUCACUCAGCUUUUCAGCUUUAACUACAAACCGCUUAGUCUUUACGCCGGCAUAAAUGACACGGCCAUGCUCUGGGGAAUCAAGUUCUACAACGAUUUUUUGAGCCAAGCCGGUCCAAUAGGCAAUGUACAGUCAGAAAUUCUAUUCCGAAAGAACCCUUCAAAGUUCACAUUGGAGAAAGGAUGGGCGUUUCCAAGACGCAUUUACUUCAACGGCGAUAACUGCGUUAUGCCAUCUCCAGACUUAUAUCCAUGGCUUCCUAAUGCUACUCCAAAUCUUGCAACAACUUCGCCGUUCCUCGGAUCACCUCCACAAAAAAACGCGGUUUUGACCAAGCUGAUACAUCUGAUUAGUAGUAACUGUCGUGGAGACGUGUUUGGUGACGUUACGUCCCAACGUGUGUUAAUGUGA